ACCAAAUUAACCUUGCAAAUCACUAGAGAUCAGAGAAUUUUGAAACGUAAAAAAAAAUAAUAAUAAUAAAUUAAGAAAGAAAUCAACGGUGAGGAUUUGAUUUUUGAGAUUGAAAAGAUGUCGUGGCAAACCUACGUUGAUGAUCAUCUGAUGUGCGACAUCGAGGGUCAGCAUCUCUCCGCCGCGGCCAUCAUCGGCCACGACGGCAGCGUCUGGGCUCAGAGCGCCACCUUCCCUCAGUUCAAGCCAGAAGAAGUUGCUGCCAUCAUAAAAGAUUUUGAUGAACCUGGCACUCUUGCCCCAACUGGGUUACACCUUGGUGGCACAAAGUACAUGGUUAUUCAGGGAGAGCCUGGAGCUGUUAUUCGUGGAAAGAAGGGUGCUGGUGGUAUCACUGUGAAGAAAACCGGCCAAGCUUUGAUUUUCGGUAUAUAUGAUGAACCUUUGACCCCUGGACAGUGUAACAUAAUUGUCGAGAGGUUGGGGGAUUACCUGAUUGAUCAGGGCCUGUAGGUUGCUAUUUGCUUCAUGGUUCUAUAUUGUGGUAUUUGGUUUUGGGCUUGCAUCUUCUUACUUAAUCAAGAACUGGCAGUGGAAUUGUUGCUGAAAAUAACCGUGUGAGAAACAGAACAGUGAUUUUUGGUGCAUUAGGCUCAUUUCUAUUUCUCCAAUUCCCAUGUUUUCUUAACUUAUGUGUAUGUAUUUCACAACUGUUUUGUGCGUAUUGAGUCUGCCUUUUUUAUAGUAUCGAAUAUCCAUGGAUUUCUUUUAUAUCAUGAUAUGAAAAGAUUUAAUUUUUUGGAUUCUUAAA